GAGAGAGAGAGAGAUGGGUUACAGUUCGCUGCUGAAGGGCCUCAAGAAAGAAGAAGAAGAAGAACAAGAAGUUCCAAAUUCCAUUCGGGACGAUUUCAAAGCCUUUUUUGAGCUCAGCAAUGAGGAAAAGCUACCGCUGCAGCAGCAGGAGAAUUUUUCCAUCGUCAAUGGCGGUUCACUCAAUUGGGACUUGAUGGAUCAUCAUUCCAACCACCAGUUUUCCCUCUCUGAAACCAAAACAAACCACGGCGGCCAUGGCGAUGGCGUCGAGGCGGAGGCGGAGGUAUUCAGCCGAGUCGUCCCAAAAGCUUGCUCCUUUGACGGUGAUGGCGUUAUGAAAAGCAAGAAGAAGGCUUCGUUGAACUUAAAUCUUAACUACGAAGAGGUUUCGGAAGCAUGGUCCGGCCGUGGAUCUCUCUGGGCCGCCGGCGGUUCUUCUCCUUCCAACCCAACCCACAACGUUUAUAUGGGAGAGGUUCCAAGAAUGGAGGAAGAAAGAACAAGAAGGGUGCUGAGGUACAGGGAGAAGCGGCUCACCAGAUUGUUCUCCAACAAGAUAAGAUACCAAGUUCGUAAGCUGAAUGCCCAGAAAAGGCCCAGAAUAAAGGGGCGUUUUGUGAAGACUGUUUAGCCACAAAGUUCAAAAUAUCUCACCCAAAAGAAAAAACUUUCCUAUGGCUUUCAAUGUCGUGGACCCUCCAGACCCCAACUUGCCAU